AAAAUAGCCGUUGCAUUAUCGGUUCUUGCCUGCGGAAUGCCCUCUCCAUUUCCCGCAAAAAUGUUGCUUCUUCCUUCUCCGCCUUCAUCUUCUUCCUCGUGUUUUUCCAUUCUUGAAUCCAGCCCCCGUCCUCUGCUUCAAUUUCACCCCCCUCCCCGCCGGAUCUUCCAUUUCCGCCCAUAUGCUCUCAAUCCAACCACCGCCCUCGAUUCCUUCACUCAGAACUCCGGUUACCUCUUCCGUCUAACCGCACGGGAGGCUGAGUCCUUGGAAGAUUACAGCGUCUCCAAGAUUGCCGCUAUUUAUCGGAGGAAGCCGUUCCUUGUUCUUCGGAGACUUCUUCAGGUCGCCUCCACUUUUGGCCGAUGGCUAGCUCUUCGAUUCAUUGAUGAUUUGAGGGAAAGGUCGGACCUCAUGUUCGAGGUCAGAGCUUCAGAACUUAGGAAUAUAUUGGUGGAGCUUGGUCCGGCAUACAUCAAAAUUGCUCAGGCUAUCUCAUCUCGACCCGAUUUGAUACCACCUUCUUAUUUGGAUGAACUUUCAUUUUUACAAGACCAAAUAGCUCCGUUCUCAUCUGAACUGGCUUUUAAUACGAUAGAACGAGAACUGAAUAUACCUCUGGACGAGCUUUUCUCUGAGAUAUCACCACAGCCUACUGCUGCAGCAUCUCUUGGACAGGUUUAUCAAGCAAGGCUCCGACGCAAUGGACAAGUUGUUGCUGUCAAAGUUCAAAGGCCUGGAGUUCAGGCUGCUAUAGCUCUGGAUAUCUUGAUCUUGCGGUAUUUAGCAGCUGUAUUUCGCAAGGUUGCUAAGUUAAAUACUGAUCUCGAGGCAGUUGUUGAUGAAUGGGCAACAAGUCUUUUCAAGGAGAUGGAUUACAGGAGAGAAGCAAAAAACGGUCUUAAGUUCAGAGAAUUGUAUGGAAAUUUGCAAGAUGUGUUGGUUCCUCAAAUGUUCAUCGAGCACACAACUCGUAGGGUCCUUAUUAUGGAAUGGGUAAAGGGCCAGAAGUUAACAGAAGUGAAGGAUCUUUAUUUGGUCGAGGUUGGGGUAUAUUGCUCCUUCAAUCAACUUCUAGAAUAUGGAUUCUAUCAUGCAGAUCCUCACCCGGGAAAUCUUCUUCGCACCUCUGAUGGAAAAUUAGCUUAUUUAGAUUUUGGUAUGAUGGGUGAAUUUAAACAAGAGCUUCGCGAUGGAUUUAUUGAAGCUUGUCUCCAUCUUGUAAACCGUGAUUUUGAUGCAUUAGCCAAGGAUUUUGUCACCCUUGGGCUUCUUCCACCAACGGCAGAUAGACAAGCAGUCACACAGGCAUUAACAGCUGUCUUCCAAAAUGCUGUUUCUAAAGGAGUAAGAAGUAUUAGCUUCGGAGACCUUCUCGGAAACCUAGGAACCACAAUGUAUAAAUUCAAAUUCCGGAUACCUUCAUAUUUUUCUCUCGUUAUUAGAAGCCUUGCAGUAUUGGAGGGAAUUGCUGUCAGUUUUGACCCAAAUUACAAAGUUUUAGGCAGUACAUAUCCAUGGAUUGCUAGAAAAGUACUCACCGACAAUUCGCCCAAGCUCAAAUCCUCCUUGACAUCCCUGCUUUAUGAAGAAGGAGUUUUCAGAAUUGAUCGUUUGGAGUCUCUGAUCACGGAGUCACUUCGUGCUAGAAUCGAGAAGUCCUCAGUGAGAAAAGUUGUAGAGAACUCGGAUAGCAAAAUAGUAGUCAAGGAAGUCCUUUCCUUUGCAUUGUCUGAUAAGGGCUCCUUCCUGAGAGAUUUACUUCUCCAAGAAAUAGCCAAGGGUUUGGAUGCAUUGGGAUUAGCAACAUUGGAUUCUAUAAAUUCUAUAACUGCUGCAAGGAUACCUUUUGGCUCCUCAAUUUCUGUAUCGAUGAUGACCAAUGAAGAUGUGAACAACUUGAGAACAUUGAAUCGUCUUAUACUCUUGCUGUCAGGAUCUCAAGAAAAUCUUUCUAAUGAGGUAACUUUGCAGAGAGCUAAUAAGAAUCAGAUAACGGGGUUUGAUGAAGCAUAUGUACAGGAAAUUUUAUUCGUACUUUCUGUUAUUCCUGAGCUCCCACCAGAAUCACAGCAACAAAUACUUAACCUUCCAGUCGAGGUCGCAAGGCGUUUGAUUUCCCGUGUUACUGCAAGAACCAUUAGGAGGAUGUGGAGCUAAGUAGCCAUUUGAAUUGGCGUCCGGGACCAAAAAUGAGAUAUGAUAUACAAAAAAAUAUAAUGUUCAAAAUGUCUUGAUUCAUAGCAAAAUCAGUUUCUACUUCUCCUCAUGUCCAGGAGGAUAAUGAUCCAUUCAUUUUGAAGAAGAUUGUGGAAGGAGACUUCAUGAUUCAAAAGCAUGCAUAUUUUGACAUGAAAUUUUGAAUCAGGCUAUUACAAAUUAAAUGUUUCUAUGUUAUUUUUGUGUUAAGCAAGAGCCUUCUCUUGAGAAAAAAAACAAUGAUUUUCAU